CCGACAGGUGGUGUGUGUGCUGCAUGAAAAACAGCGAAAAUACAAAGUGUGCCUUGCUAUGUUAGCCUCAAAGGAGCUUCUCAACGUUAGCUAGUAAAUAAAUACAUUAUUUUUUAGAUUUGUUAAAUGACAGUUUGUGCAGGGAAUUAAUGAAAGCAUCCUCUUUUCAACGUUUGGAUUACUUGGUUAAAGUCCGUCUAUGAUUUAAAACGAGGUGCAGCAGAGAAGAAGAAACCACCGGGGCCCAGAGCAGUCGAAGCACUAACUCCAGCACAUACAGAAAAUGUUAAAGAAAUGAUAGCAGCGCAGGAUUUGCACACAGAGUUUCAAUUUCCCCAGGAGGCAGAAUCUCAGUUGUCUUCAGAUACUGACCUUGAGGAUCCCGAUGGCAAAAAUGCAAAGACAGGGAGGGGCAUGGCAGCCUGGAAAGGGAAGAGGGGGCUCGGAGACAAGGCCAAAAGUGGGGGAGCAGGGAGGGUCCCUGGUCCCGGCCGGGUGAAUGGCCAUCAUCCGGAGAAUGGGGCGGAGAGUAUGACUCUGUUCGAGGUGGUUAAAAUGGGGAAGAGUGCAACGCAGUCUGUUGUUGAUGACUGGAUCGAGGCGUACAAACAUGACAGGGAUGUCGCUCUGUUGGACUUAAUCAACUUCUUCAUCCAGUGCUCUGGCUGCAAAGGUGCUGUGAGUGGAGAAAUGUUCAGACAUAUGCAGAACUCUGAAAUCAUCCGCAAAAUGACGGAGGAGUUUGAUGAGGACAGUGGCGACUAUCCACUUACUCAGUCUGGACCUCAGUGGAAGAAAUUCAGGACAAGCUUCUGUGACUUCAUAGCCGUUCUGGUGCGUCAGUGUCAGUACAGCAUCAUCUACGACGAAUAUAUGAUGGACACAGUCAUCUCCCUGCUCACCGGCCUGUCCGACUCACAGGUCCGGGCGUUCAGACACACAAGCACACAAGCAGCCAUGAAGCUAAUGACGGCCUUGGUCAAUGUUGCUCUGAACCUGAGCAUCAACAUGGACAACACGCAGAGACAGUACGAGGCAGAGAGGAACAAGGUUGUUGCAAAAAGAGCCAAUGACCGCUUGGAGCUCCUGUUACAGAAGCGUAAAGAGCUUCAAGAAAAUCAAGAUGAAAUCGAAAACAUGAUGAAUGCCAUUUUCAAAGGAGUGUUUGUUCACAGAUAUCGGGAUGCCAUAGCUGAAAUCCGAGCGAUUUGUAUUGAAGAGAUUGGAAUGUGGAUGAAGCUGUACAGUGACGCUUUCCUCAAUGACAGUUACCUGAAGUAUGUCGGCUGGACCAUGCAUGACAAGCAAGGUGAGGUGCGGCUGAAGUGCCUGACGGCUCUUCAAGGUUUGUUCUACAACAGAGAGCUGGGAGUACGACUGGAGCUCUUCACAAGUCGCUUCAAGGACCGCAUUGUGUCUAUGACUCUGGACAAGGAAUAUGACGUUGCAGUGCAAGCCAUUAAACUUCUGACACUGGUCUUACAGAGCAGUGAUGAGGUCCUGUCAGCAGAGGACUGUGAGAGUGUGUAUCAUCUGGUUUACUCAGCACAUCGACCCAUCGCUGUUUCAGCAGGAGAGUUUCUGUUUAAGAAGCUUUUCAGCCAUCAGGGUCCUGAGGAGGAGGGACUCCCCAGGAGGGGCAGGCAGAGCCUCAACGGCAGCCUCAUCAAGACCACUGUCUUCUUUUUCUUGGAGAGCGAGCUCCAUGAGCAUGGGGCCUACUUGGUGGACAGCUUGUGGGAGUGUGGCUCAGAGCUGCUGAAGGAUUGGGAGACAAUGAUCAGCCUGCUGCUGGAUGAGCCUGUGACAGGGGAGGAGGCCCUGACUGAUCGGCAGGAGACGGCUCUGGUUGAGAUCAUGCUCUGUGCCAUUCGGCAGGCUUGUGAAUGCCAUCCUCCAGUGGGCAGAGGCUCAGGGAAGAGAGUCCUGACGGCAAAGGAGAAGAAAACGCAGCUGGAUGAUCGGACGCGUAUCACAGAGAUGUUUGCGGUUGCGUUGCCUCUGUUAUUAGCAAAGUACUGCGUUGAUAUCGAUAAGGUGACCAAUUUGCUACAAAUACCAAAGUACUUUGAUCUUGACAUCUACACAACGGGCCGGUUAGAAAAGCAUUUGGAUGCCUUGCUGCGACAAAUCUGGGAGGUCCAGGACAAGCACACAGACACUGAGGUCCUGGAGGCCUGCUCCACCACCUACCGCUAUCUCUGCAACGAAGAGUUCACCAUCUACAACCGCGUGGACAUCGCCCGCUCCCAGUUCCUCGAUGAACUCGUAGACAAGUUCAACAGACUCCUGGAGGACUUCCUUCAAGAGGGUGAAGAACCAGACGAGGACGAUGUCUAUCAGGUUCUUUCUACGCUCAAGAAGAUCAGCGCUUUCCACAAUGCACAUGACCUUUCUAAGUGGGACCUCUUCACCAGCAACUAUCGGCUACUCAACACAGGUCUGCAGAACGGAGAUAUGCCUGAACAGAUUGUGAUUCAUGCUAUGCAGUGCACACAUUACAUCAUCCUGUGGCACCUGGCCAAGGCUUCAGACAGCACGUCGGUAAAGGGUGAUAUGGUGACCUUGAGAAAGCAAAUGAGAGCUUUCUGCUUAAUGUGCCAGCGUUACCUGAGCAGCGUCAACACAGCAGUAAAGGAGCAGGCCUUCACCAUACUGUGUGAUCUGCUAUUGAUCUUCAGCCAUCAAAUAAUGUCUUCAGGCCGGGAGCAGCUGGAGCCUCUGGUCUAUAUGCCAGACGCUUCUUUACAGGCAGAGCUGCUCAACUUCAUUCUGGAUCAAGUGUUUAUUGAUCAGGAUGAUGACAACAACAGCACAGACGGACAGCCCGAUGAUGAAGCCAGUAAAAUUGAGGCUUUGCACAAGCGAAGAAACCUUCUAGCUGCCUAUUGUAAAUUAAUCAUUUACAAUGUUGUGCAAAUGGACACAGCAGCAGACAUAUUUAAACAAUACAUGAGGUAUUACAAUGACUACGGAGACAUCAUCAAGGAAACGAUGAGCAAAACAAGACAAAUCGACAAAAUCCAAUGUGCAAAGACGCUGAUACUGAGCCUGCAAACGUUAUUCAAUGAGAUGUUGUCUGAACUUGGCUUGAACGUGGACCGCUCAUCGUCAGCCUUCUGUGGCAUUAAAGAGCUCGCUCGACGCUUCUCGUUGACUUUUGGCUUGGAUCAGGUGAAGACCAGAGAGGCUAUUGCAAUGUUGCAUAAGAAUGGAAUUGAGUUUGCAUUUAAGGAACCUAGUCCCCAUGGAGAGGGAGGCCCACCUCUUAAUCUAGCCUUCCUCGAUGUCCUGAGUGAGUUCUCCAGCAAACUUAUGCGGCAGGAUAAGAGAACAGUUCACAUGUAUCUGGAGCGCUUCAUGACUUUUCAGAUGGCCCUGCAGCGAGAGGACUGCUGGCUGCCUCUCAUCUCAUACAGGAACUCCCUACAGGUUGGAGGCGAUGACGACAACAUGUCUGUCAUCAGCGGGAUCAGCAGUCGAGGCUCCAGCGUCAGGAGUAAGAAGUCCAAGAUAACCACGGCAAGCAAAAGGAAAAUGCCUGAAGAAGAGAACAGCUGCAGCAGCAGCGAUGCAGUGUGGAUGAACCGUGAGCAGAACGUGCAGACGCCGAUGAUGAUGCACUCGCCCCACCUCACCUCCACUGUGCUGAGGGAUCCAAAGAAGAUGAGGCCCGAAGACAGCUACACGGCUGCGUACAGCAUGCCAUCAGAGCAGCAUCCCCAUCAACCUUUGCCUCCUCAGCAGCAGACACACCAUCACCAUCAGGCUGCUGUUGAUUACAACACACAGGUUACUUGGAUGUUGACACAGAGGCAACAGGCUGAGGCGUGUCAGCAGCAGGAGCGGGUUAGCAUGCACUACGCUAAGAUGAGGAACCACAUGCAGCAAGCCAUUCGUCGAGGCACUGGACUCAUGGAGGAUGAUGAAGAGCCAAUAGUGGAGGAUGUGAUGAUGUCAUCGGAGGACAUCAAUGAGGGCAUGGAUUUUGACACAAUGGACAUUGACCUGCCUGCAUCAAAAAAUCGCAGAGAAAGAACUGAACUAAAGCCGGACUACUUUGAUCCAUCUUCCAUCAUGGAUGACUCGGUUCUCAAUGUUUCGAUGUUCUAAAUCAAAAAGGAUGGCUCAUGGAGAAAGUGUAAUCAAAAUCCUUGGAAGGUAACGAGGGAUGACUGUUCUCAGUGAAAAUCAGGAUGGAGUGAGAUGGACUACUAUAAAUGGUUUGUGAGACACCAACGUUUGCCUCUUCAAUAUUUUAUUAGAGAUUAGACGGAGAGCUGGAAUUUAAAUUUUUUCUGAUGUUUUCACAACCUUGACUUUUGUCCUACUGCAGCAAAAAGCUAAUGUAUGUAAAAACCACUGGCUGUGAGUUUUUACACAGUGCAGACAGGGUGUGCAUGGUGCGUGGACAAUAACAGACUGAAAUUUAAAUGAUAAUAUAUACCUUUAAUCUUUUUUCAUUCAGUAGACAAAACUAUCUGAUGUAAAUACAUAGCGGCCAAUAUACAGGAGGGGUGAACACAACUUCACAAACAGCAGUAGUAGAAAUGUAAAAGCCCUGCACAAUAAUAAUACUACCUGUGUGAUGCUUUAAGCAGAACACUAUCAUGACAGCGCAUUCUGUCACAGAGGUGUGAAUUCAACUCGAUAGUAAUUUCACAGCCAUAUUCUUAGAAAUUAUCCAAGUAAUGCCUCUCUGACCCAAUGUGAGCUCAGAUUAAUCAUUGUGCAUUUCUUAAAGGCAUCGUUUACUGCAGGGCCGCUGAAUUGGAAAGCAUAACAUCCAAAAGGUGUCAGUGAUAUUGUGUUCACCUGCUUUACUUUUUAGACUGUAGACUUUGGCAUGGCAUGUAGCCAUAUAUCAAAAAUAUGUACACGGUAAAGUAUAAAGUGAACUGGCGUCUCAUACUGUUCGAAGGCCUUGCCACAAAUGAUAUACGACAUUCUCAGACUUCUUUGUGAUGGUAUUUUUUAGAAAUGUAUGUGUUCUGCUUUUAUACCUUAUAGAUGACUUUGAUUUAUAGAUAUUUUCUAAUGACAAUCAAAUGUAAAUGAAUGGUUUCUAAUCAUGUAAUUUCACAUAGAUGCUGAAGAAUCCUUUUUAAUGAAAAUAAUGAUGUUACUCUAGACACGGCCAGCUGUUUGUAUUUCCUUUUCAUGUCUCCAUAACAAGACAAGUAAUUCAUUGCUCGUGUGUUCGAAUUUAACAAACAAUCUGGAAUCUACAAUUGUUUUCUUUUAUUUUGGGGAGCAUACACGUUGUCAUACAUAAACUCUCACUCAACCUUUAGUAUGUAAUCUCUCCUGUACCUUAAAUAUGUUUCUCCUCUGUAUACUAUCUUAUAAUAUCUAAUCAUAAAAAACAUGCCAUAACUGCAAUCUUUAGAGGAAGAAUAAGAAACUUAGUUGAGAACGCUGUGUGUGUGUGAGGAAGGUGUGUGCUUUUUUUUUUCCCAGUUUGCAAGUGUGCAAAGGAUUUUUUUUUAAAUGUCAGUUUAUUUGAUGUGCCACUGUUUGUUGUAUGAGAGUUAUAGAAUUAUUCUAAAUUACAAAGUUUUUGAAUUCUUUGCUCAACUAUAAUGGAAUCAGAAUUGUUUAUUAUACAAUUACAAAUGUGUAAUAUAUUGUGAGUCAGUUCUCUUUUUAUAUUUGCAGGUUCUGCUUGCUUGACAAUUUAGGGAAAUAAAUAUAAUGCUACUAUACAAAGUCAACCUACUAAAUUGCAACUAUACAUCAAGCUCAUUGUUUUGUCUUUUAGUGGGUUGUUGCGAUUUUUCAUUCUCUUUGUAUUAGCCUGGUUGGCAGAUUCAGUGGAAAGCAGAGUAUUCACAUCGUGGUAAAAAAAACAUAAUUUUCUUAGAAUCUCACAAGAAACUGGAAAAAUCACAUGGUCUUAAGCAUUAACCAUAUACAGUUCAUACAACAACUGUUGGUGUAAGGCAGAUGUUGAAAAACACAUCUUAAAAUUUCCUGCAAAUUUACAUUUAUUGUGUCAUAUAUUUUUUUUUCUUCUGUUUUGCAUUGGACUGCUGAAAAAGUGCAUACAUCUGUAUGUUUACAUAUAUUUAAAUAUUUGUGAAUUAAAAUGUGUGUUUUUAUUCCA